AUGAAUGGUCCUUCAGAUUUAAUAUCUGAGAAUAAUAACAAGGACGUGUCAAUGGUUGACGUGAGUAAAGUGGCACAAGAGAAUGGUCAGCAACAACAAGUACCCGACGGAGGCGACGGUAUCACCAAUCCACCUAGAAGGAGGUCAACAUUACUUCUUACAGAAGAUAUCGACUUAGAUCGAAUGAAUAUUGAUCAGAAAGAAGGAACUGAUACUGAUGGGAUAGAAGAUGAUAUGAAUAUUGAUGAUGGUAAUAUUCUGCGACAACAACAACAACAACCGGACUCCCAACAACAGGUACAGCAACAACAACAACAACAGCAUCCUCCAAAGCAGCAGGCACAACCCGGCGAAGAUCAAAAAUUCCAACCUGAUCCUAAUUUAACUGUACCUGUAGACAUCAAGUGGGUUCAAGGUGGUGAGAAAGUAUAUGUGACUGGUUCUUUUACCGGAUGGAGAAAGAUGAUUGGAUUAGUUAGACAACCGGAUAAUUCAUUCUUAAUUACAUUAGGAUUGCCCGUAGGAACACAUAGAUUUAGAUUUGUUGUGGAUAAUGAAUUAAGAUUUUCUGAUUUUUUACCCACGGCCACUGAUCAAAUGGGGAAUUUUGUAAAUUAUAUUGAAAUUACCCCUGAGAAUAUCGAACAACAUUUAUUACAGCUAGAAACUGAACAGGCAGCAGUAGAAGAAGACCAAACACAAGAACCACCAAUAUCACCUCAGAAUGAAAGAGCUACUAGUCGUAAAUCAUCAAUGUCAAAACAUAGAACUGAUUCAAUGUGGGGAUUAAUCAAUGAUGAUGAUGAUAUGGGGAAUGGAUAUUCAAGAUAUCAUGAUGAAGAUGGAACUUCCUUACGAAGAGAAUAUCAAUACAUUAAUGAAAUCCCACCAAUAUUCACGGAUCCAAAAGUAAUGGAACAAUAUUAUGUUGCUAUAGAUAAACAAGCACGAAAUUCUGGAGGUGGUCAACAACAACAAGCUUGGCUUCAUCCACCUCAAUUACCACCACAUUUAGAAAAUGUCAUUUUGAAUAAUUUUAAUGAUCGAGAAAAUAAUAGUGGGGCAUUACCGAUUCCAAAUCAUGUGGUGUUGAAUCAUUUGGCUACUACUAGUAUAAAACAUAAUACAUUGGCGGUGGCUUCUAUUGUAAGGUAUAAACGGAAAUAUGUUACUCAGGUGUUGUAUUCUCCUUUACAACCGACACCUGAAUCAUAA